AUGCUCAGAACUUCUAGGAUACGACUGGCUAAACCACGAAUUCCCAUUGGCGCACACAAUGUUUCAUCUCACGGCUACGACGUGGGUUUGUCCGAAAUCACACAGAACGUCCACGAUCUGGCCCCUUUCCCCGGCUAUUCCCUACUGCUAAACCCCCAGCAUUUCUAUCACAACAGCAUUAUCUUGACGUGGGCUGAGCGAACGCCCCAUCCAGUCUCUCUGAGACAGUUGGCUGGUUUUGGCAAAAAGCUGACCAAGGAAAAGGUCAUUAGCAGUGCCAACUUUGUGAGAACCGAGUUGCCUGUGCGACUUGCGCUUAGAAUAAAGGACUUGCAAAAACUGCCGUUUGGCGUUGUCAAUAACUUCCACAUAGCUCAAGUCUAUGAGAGUUAUUGCCAUUGUUUUAAUAUGUUCAGGUGGAAGCCAAGAAUCGAGACAUUAGAGGAGAAUGACGAGUUCUGCGUGUUUUUGAAAAAGGUGUUAGAUGACCAUUUGCUGAUUUUGCCGCAUUUGAUGAUGGGAGCUUUGGAGUGCUCUAUUUUGCAAUCGUUGCCUCAGGCUGAGCUUGAUGCAUUUAUGUCGUCUAUGAUCAGAUCGCGUAUCAGCAGAAGAGUUAUCAUAGAGCAACAUAUCUCGUUGUCCAAAAAUUUCAGAGAGGGUGCUCAGGAGGAAAGACCGUCCGAUUACAUUGGCGAUGUUUUCAAACAAUGUUCUGCCAUAGACAAUCUCACUGCUUGUAAGAAUACAGCCUCUAACUUUUUGAGUUCUCUUUUUCCACAUUUGCAAAUGCCAGAGCUCAUCAUUGAAGGAGACGAUGUCAGUUUUCCCUUCAUGCCUUCACAUCUGAACUACAUUUUUGGAGAAAUUACCCGAAACGCUUACAAGUCCACGAUUCAGGCUUUUGUGAAAAGACACGAAAAUUCUACGGAGGAUAUUACCAAGAUUAAGCCUCCUCCCAUAAGAGUGAUGAUAGCCCAGACGAAGAAGGACAUAACGUUCAAGUUUUCAGACCAGGGCGGUGGGAUGAAGAAAGAGAAUUUACCCGGAGUCUGGUCCUUUGGAAGGUCUCCAGAACUGGCCAGAAAGAGUCUUUCGAACUUCCAUAGUCUUCCGGGAUUGAAUUUGACUCCACGUUUUCCUAUACUUGAGAGCAAUGCUACGCAUGAGGCCAUAUCAGCAACCUCGGGUAGCCAAAGCUUACUUCAACAACUGGGAGAUAUGGAAACUCGUGAGACAUCGAUGAAGGCCAAGGGUUCUUUGAGUUCGCUGAUCACGAGACCUUUUGAGUUCACGUUGGGUAUCAGUUUGCCUAUGUGUAAGGUCUACACGGAUUACUGGAAUGGUGAUCUGAACAUGUACUCAUUAGAGGGCUACGGCAGCGAUACAUAUUUGCGGUUGAGGAAGCUAGGCUCUUCUCAGGAUAAACUGCAACUUGACAAGGCUUAG